AUGUUUCCACUCAAUUUUCAUUACGAAGAUGUAUCACGUCAAGAUCCGUUGCUCAAACCGAAUCACGCCAACGUUAUGGAAGUUCCUGGAUCGUGUGAAAUAAGAGUAGUACCAAAGGCACCCUAUAAUUUCAUAAUAAAAAAUGGAAAAUUGGCUAUGGAGAUUCCGCGCGGUCAGAAAUUCAUACAGACACAAAGGGGUUCGACAGGAAAGUCCUUUCGAUCUAAUCCAUUCUUGGGGUCAAAUAAAGACAAAGGAUAUGUAAGUGACCUAGCACGACAAAGCACUCUCCGAGGGCAUGGAAUGUCUAAUUUUUCGGUCAGAAUCUCGACAGUAAUGUCUCUAUUAGAUUUUCCGGUCGAAAUACGGAAAAACUCCAUUCAAUUCUCGAUGGAAACGGAGUUUUGCGAAUUCUCCCCGGAACUGGAAGAUCAUUUCGAGAUCUUCGAACAUAUUCGGGGGUUCAAUGUGACUAUUAUCACUUCGGCCAACACACAAGAUGAGACUUUACCACUGUGGAGCGGUUUUUUGCAAAAAGAUGAGGGGGAAACUCAGUAA